AUGGUCUACUUGCCCAGUGAAUACCGUGAGGUGCCACCUGUAGAUUUGCUUUCCUGGCUUUUUGACAACACUGGAGUAGAUGUGGAGAAAGACAUCCUGAUUGAUGCUGCCAAUCACCAAAGUCGACUCAACAGUCGACAAACUAUCUCGUUGAUACAUAAGCUUAUUGCUGGUUUCAGAGCAGUGGGAUUGAAGCCAGGGGAUUGUGUUCUUGUGCAUGCUUUCAAUCAUAUCCUUUAUCCCAUCCUCUACUUUGGCAUCAUUGGAUCAGGCGGAAUCUUCGUCGGCUCCAAUCCCAUUUACAAAGUAACUGAGCUGAGCCACUUGAUAUCAGUAGCACAGCCAAAGUAUGCCAUAAUCGAAGCAGGGCUUUUGACGAAGAUAUCCACUGCUCUGGAAGCCUCGAUUUCAGCAGAACAGAUAUUUGUGUUCGAUCCGAACGCCGGACAAACCAUCCAAAAAGAGCUCAAAUGCUGGACUAGCUUGCUACAAUAUGGCGAGCAAGACUGGAUACGUUUCAACGGAGAGGCGAUAGCAAAAUCGACUAUUGCUGUACUUCAAUCUACCAGCGGGACAACAGGGCUACCGAAAGUAGCUGCUACCUCUCACUAUGCUUUGGUCGCAGCAGGAGUUGCCAUGCAGUGUUCGAAGCCGAAGCCGUACGCCGCCUCUCAACUGAUCUCUCUGCCGUUGUUUCAUUCUUUCGGUGCGUCAUUUGUCCAGAACUCGGCAUACCAGAGUGGUGAGCCUACGUAUGUCAUGCGUAGAUUUGAUGCAGAGAUUUUCACGAGUCUUGUGGACCGGUUCAACGUGACAGAAAUUGCUGUGGUUCCCACUAUGGUGGCAAGCAUUAUUAACCAACGAACUUCGCCGCUCGUGUUGAAGACUUUACGACGAAUAUGGUGUGCCGGCUCGUCUUUAUCUCCGAUUUUGAGUGAUGCCAUGUAUGAUAUCCUGCAUGAAGACGCUUGCAUAUCUCAAGUAUGGGGGAUGACAGAGUUUGGUCGCAUUACUUCCACACCAUGGGAUAGGGGGACCAUGGACGGAAGUGUAGGCGAACUGAUGCCAAACACGGAAGCAAGGGUGAUGGACAGCCAUGGCUUGGAGAUUCUCGACGAAGGCGUUGCAGGCGAACUCCAAGUUCGUGGACCCUCUACGAUGAAUGGCUAUUCGAGGUUCCAUGACGCCACUACUGGUGUGUCAACCGCAGACUGGCUCAGGACUGGCGACCUCGGGUGCGUCAAACGCGGUAAUGUCUACAUCCUUGGUCGCAUGAAGGAGCUUAUCAAAGUUCGUGGAUGGCAAGUGUCUCCGACUGAGCUUGAGCAGACUCUCUUGUUGCACGAAUCUAUACUUGAUGCCGCUGUGAUUGGUGUUCGAUUUCCCACCAGGGAAGUUGACGGAGAGCUCCCUAGAGCAUAUGUGGUCAUUCGUGAAGGAGGUUUCGGCAUCGACGAGCAAGAGGUGCAAAGAUUCGUCAGAGAUAGAUUGGCCAGCUUCAAGGCUCUAGAUGGUGGUGUUGUUUUCGUGGAAACCAUCCAAAGAAACGCGUACGGGAAGAUCAUGCGACAACCGUUGAUGGAAAGAGCGAUGGCCGAGAUCACCACCAACAUGACGGAGGCUAGAAUUUGAUCACCAAUGAGAUUCAUGGGGCUGCUUCGUCUCACCAAAGCACUAUCAAACCACAUGCAGAUGGCCGAAGGAUGAUAUUAGUAUUCGUUGAGACCAAGCCACAAUAAGCCUGAUCAGCCUGCUUCAUCCCUGAUGACCGGGUAGCCGUCAUGCAGGAAUGACAGUACAGAUGUGGAUGUGAGACCUCUUGUAAGCAACUCUGCGCAACUAUACUACCAGCCGUAG